GUGUGUGUUGCUGUGAUGAGACAAGCUGUCAUCACAGAGUCUGUGGUAAAACGUGAGGUUUAACAUCUCUCAGCUUUCACACACUAGCUGCUUGCCCAGGUUUCUUCCCACUGCUCCACGACGUUAUGUGGUGGUAAAUGGACACCACGUAAGUCCGUGCGUGUGAAUAGGACUCGUGUUACUGCUGCUGGAUCAGACACAGAUGGGGGCCAUGCUGCCUUCAUGGUAAACUCCAAGCUGGGACAUCUAAAAACUCAAAGUCAAACGUUUUUCAAGGUCAUGUAUGUAAAUCUAGGUAAAUAUAAAGAAAACAUUAAUUUCAAUUGUUUAGUUUAAUUCAUUAGUAUUAUCUAUUUUUCGGUAUUCUACUCAUUACUUGAAGGCAUCACUCGGCCCCACCACAGGCGGACUUGAGCUGCGCAUGCGCAACAGCAGGGGGAAGCCGUGUGCACGCGCCCCAAAAGGGAUCCGGUAGUUGAAGCAGCGAAGAUGCGGGAAAAAGUGUGAGGAGACAAGCAUGAAGCUGUAGAUUGAGCCGGUAGUACCCGCGGAGCGGCGUGUCGGUGCGGUUCCCCGGCUCUGACUCCUCGGAGGCUGCGCUCCUGGAGCUGUCCGAGUUGAUGCUCAUGGAAAGAGGAAGUCAACAUGCCUACGAAACCACUCAGCAGGAGGGAGCGCAGGAAAUUGUACACCUCCCUGGCGGGCGAGCUGGUGAUCAUGGCCGGGACCGUCAUGCUGGCCUACUACUUUGAGUACACCGACACCUUCAGCGUCCACGUGCAGGGCUUCUUCUGCUACGACACGGCGUACACCAAGCCCUACCUGGGGCCGGAGGAGAGCAGCGCCGUGCCGCCCGCGCUGCUCUACACCCUGGUGGCCGGGCUGCCCACGCUGCUGAUCACGGUGACAGAGACGGUGCUGUUCCUGGUCCAGUACACGUCCAAAGAGUUUGACCGCUCUGAGAAGACAGUGGCCACGGGGGACUGCUGUUACCUCAACCCGCUCGUGCGCAGGACCUUCCGCUUCCUCGGCGUCUAUUCCUUUGGCCUCUUCACCGUUGACAUCUUUGUCAACGCGGGCCAGGUAGUGACAGGGAACCUGGCGCCCUACUUUCUGACCGUCUGUAAGCCCAACUACACGGCCCUGGGCUGCCAGCAGGCGCUGCGCUACAUCAGCCACCAGGAGGCCUGCACGGGGAACCAGGACGACGUCCUGCGGGCCCGCAAGACCUUCCCAUCCAAGGAGGCCGCCCUCAGUGUCUACGCCGCCCUCUACCUGGCGAUGUAUGUGACGUGCACGGUGCGGGCCAAAGGAACCCGCCUGGCCAAGCCGGUGCUGUCCCUCGGGCUCGUGUGUCUGGCCUUCCUCACUGGACUGAACCGCGUGGCUGAAUACCGCAACCACUGGUCGGACGUCAUCGCCGGCUUCAUCAUCGGCUCGGCCAUCGCCGCGUUCCUGGUGGUGUGUGUGGUCCACAACUUCAAAGGCAAGUUACUGCUGAGCGAGGACUCUGCAGAGGAGCAGUGCAACCCGGCCACGCUGUCCAUGGGCCGGAUGGAGAGUCCUCUGGAGAAGUACAUCGCCUCACAGAAUCACAUCGCCUUCGCUGAGGUCACAUGACGUGGAGUCGGCCGUCUGGCAGACCCACUGGACGUCCACGCUCUUCACCGUCCAGUCCCAGUAACCGCAGCGCUUAACCCGUUCUCCGUUGGUGUCCGGUCUCCCGGUCUGCUGUUCUAUGUCGUCUUUAUGUCCUCGUAUCCAAGAAAAGAAAAACAGUCAGCGGCCCAGACGAGGACCGGCUGCUUCAGCUUUCUCCAUCUAUGCACUUCUGCUGAGAUCUUCUCUGACUUUGUCCUCUCAGACUCACACUCAAAGAGUAGGAGUGAAGAACUGGCCCAGAUCAGAUUUGUUGUCGCUGCUUGAUGAUGGAAAAACGCCUAAAGGCUCUUGGUGUUUACCAUGUUUCUGCUGUUAUUUCAUCUGAGAACAUCAGGCUGGGACAUUUUCUGCUUGGCCUGUAUUUAAUCAGAGUCAUUAAUGUGAACCUUUGGACUCAACUGAAAGUGAAACUAAAAAUCCCUUGCUCACACACACAUGAGGUCUGACAUCUGUUUAACGUAUUUGACUUUGAAUACCAUUCAAUUUAAAAAGGAGCCAGACUGAAGCAAUAGCUGUUAUUGAGAAUUAGGUGGAACCUCGUGCUUCAUAGAAGAUAUUACAUUAGAUAUGCAUUCUGGAGAAGUGCAAAUGACGAGGAUGAUGAGAUGCACACACACCAAAUCUUCCUUUAACGUGACAAAGAUUACAUUUCCAAAGCUAACAAAAUGCACUCGUUCACUCUCGUGUUUUCAACAUAUAUGUUUUCACCAUACGGACGACAAAUCAUGAAAAACUAGAAACGAUGUGACAGCAGAAUAAAAACAACGAGAUGAACUGAACGACGUGUCGAUGACGAGUGGCUUGGGAAAGUGUGUGUGUGUGUGUGUGUCGUCAUCACUGCAGUCAGAGAAUAGAUCAAAGUCGUAGCUGCUCUUACAACCAUCGAGUUAUUGACGACCAAAGUGAUUCACCCCUCUGUUCAUGUAGCUAUCUCAGGAAAUGAUUUCACCAAACAGAAAGGGGUGGUUUCUUUGCACUCAGGCUGACCAAUCACUACCGUUUAGGCUGUGAAGCCUGCAGGUUAUCAGAUAUUUAUUGAUCAGCUUUAUCGGUUUAUCAUUGACGUGGCUUUAUUCAACUGCUGAGCCUUUACAACAAAACUCUGGAAGGUUUAGGGACUAUGACCUCUGACCCCUGUGUUAGACAGAGUCCAAAGUAGACUAAAGGUCUUGUUCUCUCAUUACUUUUCAUACUCGCUGAUCUGCUAGAGAAUAAACAUCUACACAUGUUUAGUUAACAUGAGGCAGGAUACUUUUCAGAACCCUGGUAGUGGGGCUAGUGGCUGAGCUCGCUCUCUGAGCACAAUGUUGUUCAUUGGGGGCAGAGAAGUCACCAGUCAUCUAGCCAGCUGCAGGAAUCAGGUAGUUGGGUCAAAGCCCAGUUGUACCAGUAGGUCUACUUUGUUCUUUUUUGUUUUGUCAUUUUGUCCCGUUCUAAUUUGUUGGUGGCUGUUCUUGUGGUUCAGACUGUAACAUGAGGUCAUUAAUAUCACGUUUUUAUAUGUUAGGAUGCUUUGCAAGUCCCGCCUCCAGUUUUUACUGUUCCUGGGUUGAAGGAGCUUUACAAAGACAAACAUCUAUGUGUUACUUUCAGGGACUAUAGUAUGCGAUGGAAGGAUACGUUCACGAUGUAUGUAUGUAACGUGUUCAGAUUGCAGCCCCCCCCCCCCCCCCUCUCCUUCCACACGUAGCAUGCUACGUAUGGAGCACACUCCUUGGAACUUGGAUCACGAUGGUUCAAAGUAGCAAGUUAAGAGAACUGCGAAACUUUGUAUUUAUGUGUCAUUAGUAUGUCACCGACAUCUAAUGAAAAAUCACGAGGUGUGUGUGUUGGCAGUAUAUAGUGUAUGCAGUACACAAUCAACCAAGAGUGUAAAAACUAUAUCUUUAGUGUUUAUUUGAAGAAAAACAUCAGGCCGACUUGGACAAUCAGCCCCUUCCUCUCAUACAGAGAACAGGUUGCAGGUCUAUGAAUCCACCACACGAGGGAUGGAUCCAAAGGUCAGCCCGACUCACAGGCCAGAACUGAGAUUCUUUGUGUUGUGCAUCAGUUAGUCGGAGACACUUGGUUCUCCUCUCGUCUCCACCGGGAGGAGAGCAGGUUCCUUCGUGGCCCAUGUGACUGGAGAUGAGUCUCUGUAGGUUCAGCCCACAUUUCAUGAGCCCUUGCCAACCCCCGUGCACAUACUGGUGGUAGUUUCCUUGUGCACACGUUUUGUAUGAUGGGGUCACGUUAUCAUCCCAGUAGUGUGGUUUCUGAAGCCGUGACCCUGGACCCUUGUUUGGAGGGAC